AAUGCUUGGUAGAAGUUCUUCCUGAAUGUCACUUCAACGUGAUCUUAAAGAAGUUCCCUUAUUCAGUUUUACUUCUCUUUAUGUGAAAAAAACCAAACAGCUUUACAGUAAGCAGGGCAAGAGAAUAGCCAGUGGGCAAUGAAAACUCUGAAAUUCUGAGUUAGGAUCAAGCCUGUGUGCCAAGGACAAUAUGAACAUGAAAGAGAUUUUCAUCCUGCUGCUGGAUUUCUAUUUGGUCUUCCAUGUUCAAACCAUUCAAGAGAGUAUCCCAAUGAAAAGCUUGAAGUGCUACAAUGACUACAACUCACAGGUGACUUGCACAUGGAUGGAGCUUUCAGAGGCUCAUGACCUCGUUGGUAUGAUCCUUUACCAAAGGGAUAAUGUUAACAUGGAGAACAAGGACAUGUUUUGCAAACUCCAGACAGAAAAUGACUUACGUGAAACUCCAGAUGUGUAUGUGCAUUGGGUCUGCCACAACACUACAGACUAUUUUGGAAUAGGGGUAGAUUAUAUUUAUGGCUUCAGACCUAAAAAGGUACUUCAAACGGAAGUGGAUGUUGAUCUUUUCCAAAAUGUUCAGCCCCUCCCACCUCAAAACCUCUCAGUGACCUCAAUGACAUCAGGAGAUUUCUUGCUGACCUGGGAAACAGCCGAUGGAAGCCAAGGGUUGGGCAAUGCGCUGGACUAUGAGGUCACUUACAAGCGGGAGUGGGAGUCCUGGGAGGAAGCUGCCUCGCUCGUGCUCUCCAACACCACACGCUGCAGUCUCAGCCGUGAGGACCUUGUCCCAGGGAGCAGCUACGUUGCCCAUGUGCGAGCCAGACCGGGGCAGGCCAGCGGCUUCUCUGGGCAGUACAGCCAGUGGAGCAUGGAGGUGUCGUGGAAGACCCCUGAAGGUGGCCUUCAGCCCAGAAACCUUCGCUGCCUCUUCGAUGGUAGAGAUCGUCUGACGUGCAGCUGGGAAGUGAAGAAAGUGAUCACCACCUCUGUCCUCUUUGGCUUGUUCUUCAGGGCCACCCCAGCAUCAGAAGAAGAGGAGUGCUCUCCUGUGCAUGAGAAGACUUUGCCCCACACCCCAUAUGUGGUCCAGAGCUGUGAGAUCCCUGUUAACAAUUCCAUCAGCCAGAGCCAGUACCAUGUGUCUGUCCGGGCCAAGACAGAGGACAAGCUGAUUGAAGCCUACAAAAACAUUCAGGUGCUGCCGCCUGCAAAUGUGUCAGUAACAGCAACAGAGAACCAAGAGUAUGAACUAAGGUGGAUGAAACACAAUUUGAAAUACAACUUCAUAACACAGAGAUACCAAGUCAAGUACUGGGAAAACAACCGAUAUGAAAAGACUCUCCAGGAGUUAAAUAUCAGCAAUGAUGAACCUCCCUUCAUCUUCACCCUGCAGAUGCUGGCAGCAUCUACAGAGUAUAGGGGGAAAAUGCGUGCAAGGGUGGAUAGGCCUCUGGAAUAUGAGGGACCUUGGAGUGAAUGGAGUGAGGAGUUCACCUGGAAGACUGAGAAUGUUCUGGCACCUGUGGUUCUCCCAGUGACGCUCCCAGCUGUCAUCAUCGCUUUGCUGGUAGUUGCUUAUUGCAGCUAUAAGUAUUUCCUCAGGAAGAAGAAAAUGUGGGAGGAAAAGAUUCCAAACCCCAGCAAGAGUCUCCUGAUCCAGAGCUACCUUGGGAAAGGACAUUUGGGAAGCUGGCCAACAAGCAACCAGCUGGACUUCAACAAAUACAACCUUUCAGAGAAGAUGGAACAGGCUAGUUUCCUUCAAGUUGUGGACAGGCAGGUGAAGACUUUGGCCGAGUGCCUUGAGGACCAGACCAGGAAGACAGAUGCUUCCUCUGUUACAUCGGACCUGCAGAACUCAUACCAUGCUUUAAAUGAGUCAGAGCAUGCCCCAGUUGCCUGCUCAAGUCAGAGUGCCAGUCACUCCUUUCCCAUUUCAAGGAGAAACAGUGCUGAUGCAAGUAUUGCUUCCCACAGAGCAAUCCCUUGCUUUGCUUUCAAUGGUCCCUACUUGUACAACCCGGAGGUGUCCUCUCACCCUGAUACACAUCAGACCCUGGAAAUGGGCCCCGUGGGACUCAGUAAGAAAUCGGUUUCCCUUCAGUAUGUGACUCUCCCAGGGGAAGACUCUCCCCAGACCCCACAGAGAGAAGAACAGCCAGGAACAGCUCCUCCAAAGGACAUGCUUCCAGAGCAGAAGGGAAUGAUGCAGCACCUCAAUGACAAGGAAGAAGCCUUGCAGGACUCACCAGCCUGUGGGGAAGGCACCAACGAGGGAACAGAAGAGCAGAACGCUCCAAAGGCUCUCCACUGUACCACAUCUCCUCAACUGUGCCCCUUGGAGUACGUUGCCACAGACAGCCCCUUACUGCCAUCAGCCAGCUCCUCCAUCCAUCCUCCACUUCUCUCAGCUGAGGAAUCACCUUGUGGCUCACAGGAGCCCCAGCUUCCCAGUGGUGACUCCUCCCAUGAGUUUUCUCUAGGGAAAAUUGGUGUCGUGAUCCCAGUUUCAGGCCAAGCACCAACAUCAUCUCCUGAAUUGCACCUGGAUGCAUUUGGCAACUAUCUUACUGUGCCUGAAGGUCUCGAUGAACAUUUAAAACCCACAAAGAUUUCUUUGCCUGUAUUACAGAAGGAAAAUGGUAUUCCUAGAAAGCAGCCUUUGUCAGAAGGUGACUUGGUGGUGUUAAACCCUGACAGCAGUGAGCCAGUUUUCCUUUGCCAGGUUGGUGAUUAUUGCUUCCACAGCCUAAAAUCCAUUGUGAAGAUGGCUAAUAGUCAGGAAGGCCAGCAAGUCAAGAAACCUUCUGAAGGCAAGACAACACUUGGGCAGCCUGUAUGUGAUGAUGAAUCCAUCACGGGCAAGGAAAAGGAUGCAUGGAAAAGGGAAAAAAUACAGACCAUUCAGCUUUUCAAAAACCUGAAAUCAGAUGAUUACUUUUCCUGGCAGCAAUCUCUGGGGAUCAAAGAAAUCUGUUAAAUGGGUAAAUAAAUACUAAUGAAUACUAAAGAGACAGGUCACUGAAAGAGGCUCACUAUCUGGUGAAAAUGAAUCCUCAAACCUAGGAACAAAUAAACACCAGUUCCAUUUUCAAGUUUCCAGUUCAAUGUGUAAAAAAACUUGAAGUAGCUCAAUAUCAUCCUCGGUGAUAUAUCCUCAUGUCAGAUUUGGCAUGAAAGACAACACAAAUAUUGCCCUUCAGUGUUUUUCAAACUUUUUGGCUUAUCCAUGAUUAACAGUUUAUCCUCCUCAUGAUCCUGUAAUACAUCACAAUCAUCUUGCAAUUAUAUCGGAUUGCUUGGCAAAACUCGUGGCAGGAAAUGCAGACUUAACAGCUUGAAAGGCUAUCAGAGGAAGACAAGCUUGGAAACCUUGGAAACAAAAGUUCUAUACCUAAAAGCAAUUUUAUUUAAUUUCUGUGCACUUGUAAAAUACCUCUAAAAGUCACCAAGGAACUUCUAUAUCUCAGCCUUUCCAUUAUGGCAUGAAAUAGGUAUUCUUUAAGGUGAAAAAAACCCCAGACAGUUAUAGAAGCAUAGAAAAAAAAAUGAGAAAAAAAAUUGUUGAAAUACAGGCAAACUUUCUUAAUGUUAAUGUGCAGUAUAUCAUGGUGGAUUCAAAGGAUGAGAAGGAAACAUUACUGGGAUACAUAAAGCAAGUUGUAGAGAACCAUUUGGAAGAAGAAAUGAUACUGAAAGAAAACCCAAGGGCUCCUAAGGUUCAGUGAGAGGGAGUGAGGCAGAUGACAGAAAAUGGCAGAUAUGAGAUGCUGGGAAGGUGCACAAGCCUGUAACUGCUGGGGUUCUGCUUCUAAGUGCUGAAGUACUGCAUGAUUUUAUUUUAGGUUCAUUGGCUGUUUAUGCAUUAUUCAUCCUCAUGUGUAAUUGAUUCUUGGUUUGUUUGUUUUUUUUUCUUUUUUCUCUUAAAUAAUGAGAGCUGAGAAAGAGGAAAAACUUUUUUCCCAAUUUUGCUGUAUAGGAAGUGGUGCAAGGUAAGAACAUUUCUUCAGAACUGCUACUCUGUAAUCAGUAAAAAGGGUUUGGUUUCAGACCUGAAGGUGGACUUGACCUCCAAAAAAAACAAUUUUUUUUUUUUUCAAAUAUAAAAUCUGUAUUAAUAAACAUAUUAUUUCUUCCUGUUUUUCAUUUCAUAUGUUAAAAAUACUGUGUUUACAAUUAAAUUACUAUUAGCUCAUUUGCUCAGGUCUCAGAAAAUUCUAUAUGUGAGGCAGGACAUUUUCUUCUGACUGCUGUAUUACUUGACAGAGAAAAUGUAUUUUGCCACCCAAUUCCUCCUGCUGGGUUAAUGGGACUGUGCUGAUUCAGAAAUUACAGUGAAAUUAUUUGGGUUUUGAGAACUUAAUCCUUGUAAGUACCAUUUUAAAUCCAAAAGGUGUGCAAAUUGAACCUGGUGCUCUUCACAGCAGAAGGCAGGCAGUUGCAGCCUCUGAUAGAGAAUAAUGAUUUAACACUUUGAGAGAUUUGCAGUUUAGACCUUUUGUAAUCAAUGGAUUUUUGUUUUAUUAAUCUCUUCUUUGGCCUUUUAUAAGUGGCACAAUUAAUUUCUUCCAGGCUGUAUAAUUGUGCUCUAUCGAAGCAUGUCCUAAAAGGAGAUGUUCAAAUUCAUAUGCAAAUAUUGUAUCUGAAUUCAUAUCUUAGAUAUGCAUCACUUUGCUGGGCCUUGAAUUGCUAGGGUUUAAUAAUCAAGAAGAAUAAUGAGUGGGAGAAGUUUUAUCCAACUCAGUGGCUUUUGGAUAAAGCCCAUUUGCAUUGUGAUCAGUGCUCUAAGAUGUGAUCAGUACUCUGACAGUUCUCUGUUCCUUCUGUUCCUCUGCACUUCACUGGGCAUUUGCAGAGGCUGACUUUGGAGACAGGAUUUACAGAUAAAAGCACAUUUGUUAUGAUCCCACAGAGACAAUAUUAUCAUCUGAAGGAGCCUGGAAUUUGCAGAGAAACAUGCCAUUGUCAGGAUAGAGAGCUGCACAGUGGUUUGCUUUCCAACUAUAACAAUUCAUUUACAGCAGAAUGAGUUUUUGCUCUAGGGACUCUCUCUUCAAUAUCCACCUAAAUAUCAUUAAAUAAAAUAUGUAAUGAACAUUGGAAACAGA